AUGGAACUCCACUACAUAAACACUGGAUUUCCAUACACAAUCACAGAGAGCUUCAUGGAUUUCUUUGAGGGUCUCACUUAUGCUCAUGCUGACUUUGCUCUUAUGGAUGGCUUUCAGGAUCAGGGUAAUCCGUACUGGGCAAUGAUGCAUACAAACUCAUACAAGUAUGGAUACUCUGGUCCUGGGAACUAUUACAGCUAUGCUCAUGUCUAUGACAUAGACGACUACUUGCAUAGAGCUGAUGGUGGGCGCAGAGUAUGGGAUAACACUACACCUGCAAACAAUGUGGACUCUGCCAAUGUUGUCCUGCAGGGCAGUGAAGCUCCCCGCACAACUGCAAAUACUACUACCGAGGAAUGCAUCCAACAGGUACACCAAAGUCCAGGUAGUCCUCAGGUUGUUUGGCAAGACAACAUUGACCCUGACAACAUGACAUAUGAGGAACUGUUGGAUUUGGGUGAGGUAGUUGGAACCCAGAGCCGUGGUCUCUCCCAAGAACGCAUUUCGUCGCUUCCUGUCACGAAGUACAAGUGUGGUUUCUUUUCAAGGAAGAAAACACGGCGUGAAAGGACUUUCCUUUGGGUGUCAGGUGUGAUUUGCCAAAUGGAGUACAGGAGAGGAAAUUUGCAGAUGACACUUCCAUGCAAGCAUGUAUACCAUGCCAGCUGCGUGACAAGAUGGCUUAGCAUAAACAAGGCAUGCCCUGUUUGCUUUGCAGUUCCUGGCGACGAACCUAAGAGGCAAUGA